AUGAUCAAAGAUCUUUCCCUAGGACUUUCCCAAGAUUUUGGCCGAUUACUUAAAGAAGCUGAUGAUUAUAAUGUAAUAAUUGAAAUUGGUGAAGGUCAGAAUAUGAAAAGAUUUCGUGCUCAUUCAGUUAUUCUUCGAGCUCGUUCUCAGUAUUUCCACACCGCAUUAUCUGGCAAUUUGUCAAAAAAAGAAAAUGGUUAUACACUUUUUAAACAAGUUGAUGUUUCUCCAUCUAUUUUUGAUAUAAUCAUGAUGUAUCUUUACUCAGGAAAGAUAAUUUUAGAUGAACAAAAUAACGAUAAUCUUCUUGAUCUUUUGGUAGCAGCUGAUAUAUUUUCUCUUCAUGAAUUAAUUGAGAAUCUUCAAACUUAUUUAAUUCAAUUUAAAUCAGAUUGG